AUGGGCAAAAUUAUGAAACCAGGCAAGGUGGUCUUGCUGCUGCAGGGCAAGUACGCCGGUCGCAAGGCGGUCAUUCUGAAGAACCAGGACGAGGGCACCAAUGCGAAGAGCUACGGACACGCGCUGGUGGCCGGCAUUGACCGAUACCCGCGACCGAUCAACAAGCGAAUGGGCAAGAAGAAGCGCGCCCGACGCAACCGCAUCAAGCCCUUCCUCAAGAUGGUCAACUACAAUCACCUGAUGCCCACCCGUUACAUCGUUGAGAUGGCGCUUGAAAAGGCUGACCUGAAGGAGGUCGCCAAGGACGUGGUUGCCCGCAGAAAAGCCCGCCAGGAAGUGCGAACCAAGUUUGAGGACCGGUACAAGUCUGGCAAGAACAAGUGGUUCUUCACCAAGCUUCGCUUCUAA